AUGGGACUCAGAAGGAUUGCGACACUCGUCUGUACGGCCGCGGUCGUCACGGCUUCUUACAGCAAUCGGCCUGACGAUGCCGGACGCUUUACGUUCGCCGCCCUAUAUGACCAGUCAUUCCUGGAGGGCUGCUUAAUCCUGAAGCAUGUUGGCGGACUUGGAUCAUGUAGCAAUCGCAUGUCAUAUGGCAUUGGACGAGAUCCUCCGGAGUCCUGCACCGUAGAUCAAGUGAACAUGAUCAGACGCCACGGCGAGCGGUACCCACAAGAAAGUGGUGGCGAAGACAUUGAAGCUGUUCUCAAGAAGCUGUAUGCUUUUGACGUGGAGAACUGGAAGGGUGACCUUACCUUCCUGAACUGGUGGCAUGGAUUUGAGCGCGUCGUACAGACUGCCCGAACAUUUGGCGAAGGUUUCUUUGGAUGGAACUACACCAACUCAGUCGCUCUGAACAUCAUCUCAGAGAGCGAUGCGAUGGGUGCUAACAGUCUCACGUCCGAAUGUCCUGGAAACACCGAUGCCCAAAAUUGCCACAGCCUUAGCCAUGACAUGCGGGAAUUCCGCGUCGCUGCUGAGCGGUUCAACAAGCAAAACCCGGGUCUUAUUGAAUAUAUUUUAAAUAAAAAUAAAAAUAAAAGGUUGAACUCGACAGAUGUUUACCAGCUUAUAUUCAUGUCGGUCUUUGAGCUCAAUGUCCGAGGCUACUCUGACUGGACUAAUGCCUUGACACUCGAUGAAUGGAAAUGGUUUGGCUAUACCCAAAAUUUGAACUUCUACUAUUGUGCCGCCCCGGAGAUCCUUACUACAAGGCUGUUGGAUCAGUAUUCGCAAAUGCUUCUUUGA